AUGGCCAGACUCUACUCCAACUUGCCUUUGUCUGUCCCAAUCACCCUUCCUAACGGGCUCAAGUACGAGCAGCCAACUGGCUUGUUCAUCAACAACGAGUUUGUGCACCCUGCGCAGAAGAAGUCCUUUGCAGUCAUCUCGCCCUCCACUGAGGAAGAGGUUGCCCACGUGUAUGAGGCUUUGGAGGAGGAUGUCGACUCCGCAGUUCAAGCUGCACAGGCUGCGUUCGACGGCGGCUGGUCCGCUGCCGACCCAUCUGUCAGAGCAAAGGCGUUGAACAAAAUCGCCGAUAUCAUCGAGGAAAACGCCGAGCUCUUUGCCUCCAUCGAGGCUUUUGACAACGGUAAGUCUAUCUCCAACGCCAGAGGCGACGUUGCCUUGGCAGUUGGCUGCUUCAGAAGCACCGCGGGAUGGGCUGACAAAAUCACUGGAUCCGUGGUUGAAACCGGCGAGUCGCACUUCAACUUUACCAGAAGAGAACCUUUGGGGGUCUGUGGCCAGAUCAUCCCUUGGAACUUCCCAUUGUUGAUGUUCACCUGGAAGGUGGGCCCUGCUCUUGCCACCAACAACACGAUUGUCUUGAAAACCUCCGAAACUACUCCUUUGUCCGCUUUGUACCUCUGCAAGUUGUUGCAAGAGCAACAAGUUCUCCCUGCUGGUGUCUUGAAUGUGGUGAAUGGCUUCGGUAGAACCACCGGAAACGCCAUCACCGAGCACCCUAUGAUAAAGAAAGUGGCCUUCACUGGGUCUACUGCCACCGGAAAAUUGAUUAUGAAGAAAUGCUCCUCGACUUUGAAGAAGGUUACCUUGGAGUUGGGCGGCAAGUCGCCUCACAUUAUCUUCGAUGACGCCAACAUUGACGUGGCCGUUCAGAAUGUGAUCACUGGUAUUUUCUACAACUCGGGCGAAGUCUGCUGUGCCGGCUCUCGUCUUUACAUCCAAGAGGGAAUCUACGAGGAAUUCGUCAAGAAGUUUGUUGCUGCUGCUGAAGCCGUCAAGGUCGGCAACCCAUUCGACGAGGAGGUUAUGCAAGGUGCCCAGAACUCUCAGAACCAGUUGGACAAGAUCUUGGGCUACAUCAAAUCUGGUAAGGAGGAGGGUGCUACUUUGUUGAGCGGUGGAGAGAGAUCGGAGGGCAAAGGUUUCUUCGUCAAACCAACCAUCUUCGGUGAUGUGACCGAGUCCAUGAAAAUCGUCACCGAGGAGAUUUUCGGCCCUGUGAUUACUGUGCACAAGUUCAAGACCACGGACGAGGUGGUCAAGAUGGCCAACGACAGUGAAUACGGCUUGGCCGCUGGUAUCCAGUCCACCAAUGUCAACACCUGUAUUGAUGUCUCCAGAAGAAUCAGGGCAGGUACCAUUUGGGUCAACACAUACAACGACUUCCACCCUAUGGUUCCUUUCGGCGGUUUUGGAAGCUCUGGUAUCGGCAGGGAGAUGGGUUCUGCUGUGUUGGACAACUACACCCAAGUCAAGGCUGUGAGAAUGGCUCUUCACUAA